GCUCUUUUGUAAUUACAAUGCAGUAUCUAUGGUACUACGGUAGAUAGUCUCAAGAGAAAGGAGGAGUUGAGCAUUAAAAACACUUCCUGCUUUAAGGUGCAUUGCAAACGCUUCCAAGCAAAUGCCUGGCGUCCAAGAAGGUCCCAACUCAAGCGAUCCAGAAUUUUAAGAAUGGCUUUCUCGGACACCGCUCGGUCGGAAAAAGACGAGCCCUUUAUCCUGAAAGCGACCAAAAUCGCGUCGGUGGUCGCUCUGUACUGGUUCAUCUCGAUAUCCAUGGUUUUCCUGAACAACUACCUGUUAGACAGCAAGGAGCUGGACGCGCCUGUCUUCAUCACGUUCUUCCAGUGCGUGGUCAGCGUGGGUCUGUGCUGGCUGAUGAACUUUCUCUCGAAGCUGUGUCCCGGGUUCGUGGAUUUCCCGUCGCUGAAAUUUGAUUUCAGGGUGUCCAGGGAGAUUUUGCCUUUGACCGUGGUGUUCAUCGGCAUGAUCACGUUCAACAACCUGUGCCUGAAAUAUGUGGGGGUCGCCUUCUACACCGUCGGCCGCUCGCUUUCCACCGUUUUUAACGUUAUCCUGUCCUAUGUGGUCCUGAAGCAGACCACGUCUUUGUACGCGGUGCUGUGCUGCGGAGUCAUUCUAGGUGGAUUCUGGCUGGGCGUGGACCAAGAGUCUGUGGCAGGCUCCCUUUCUUGGACGGGCGUCGUUUUCGGGGUCGUCGCCAGCCUUUGCGUGUCGCUCAACGCCAUCUACACGAAGAAAGUGAUGCCGGUGGUGGAUGGCAACAUCUGGAAGCUCUCGUACUACAACAACCUCAACGCCGUUGUGCUCUUCGUUCCGCUCAUUGUCGUUUUGGGCGAGGUGAAGAGCUUGCUGGAGUUCAACCGGCUCACGCACGUACAUUUCUGGGGGAUGAUGGUUUAAGGGGGAGUCUUCGGCUUUGCCAUCGGUUACGUGACGGGGCUUCAGAUCAAGUUCACCAGCCCGCUGACGCUCAACGUGUCCGGCACGGCCAAGUCGUGCGCGCAGACCGUGCUGGCGGUCGUCCACUCGGCGUCCAGUAAGAGCAACCUCUGGUGGACGAGCAACAUGAUGGUGCUGGUCGGAUCCUUCGCCUACACCUGGGUCAAGGGAUUCGAGAUGAAGAAAGUCCAAGUGCCUCCGGAAACGCAGACCGCGAGCGGCCAGAAAAGCAAAGAGGAUUCUGCGGUGUGAGAAAUGCUUUUGGACUCGUUUUAGAGACCGUCUGUGCGGCGCAGCGGACACAUAGGUGUAUUUAUACGGGCAUUCGAUUGAUUGAUGUAUAUACAUUUACUUUGUAGUGUACAGGAUGAUUAUUAAAACCUGUUUAACAAAA